GAGAGAGAGAGAGAGAGAGAGACUGCGCCGACCGGUCAAGAGAAAAUCUGCGAGAGAAUCAACAGAGACAUUAACAAGCAUGUUAAAUGAAAGGGGUUCUGAAGCAGAAGCGGGGCUACCCCCCACCGACGAGGUCGCAUGGUCCCCCGCGGAUUCUGAAUUGUGGGAGGCCUUGUCAGACGUGGAAUUUCUUCUCGAUGCUGAGGAGAUUGAAAAUGAAUUUGGGCUGGGACAAUUUGAAAAUGUUCAACAGGAAGGUGGCGGUGCCGUCGGUGACGUGGAUCCCCAGCCUGACGGGGUCCUUCAUCGCCGCAGAUUCAAUAACGUACAGAUUAGGCGGAUUCUAAAUAUCCCGCGACCUAGAAACGAAGGCAAUUUCCGCGAGUACUAUGAAAAUGUAAUCGAGGGGUUUCAAAAUAUUGUGAAUGAGGCGAUUCCUUACGCCGUAUGGGGAGCCUAUAUACAGGUCACCCUGCGCGCUGACUUUUUAAACGACGAGCUGUCGCAAAUUGUACGGUAUGGGGUGGGGGAGCUGACAGACUUGCAGCAGCUGCUGGAUCGCCUGGUACAGUCUAAUCAAGAGAUUUUAAACGAUUCCAACCUAGAAGUAAUCGUAGACGUAAUAAAUAUCCCACGCGGCGGUGCGAACAAACGUAAACUACAGACCAUGUUAGCUUCAGAAAUAAUUUCUAAAAAAGCCAGACACAUGUUUAUCAUUAAUAACAACACCAACGCGUGUUUCGCCAUAAACUUGGCGCACCUGCUGGACGAAAACUUUACUGUUGCCGAGGCUGAAAAGCUCGGCCUGGAGUUACAGGAGAAAGCGGGAUUCACCCCCGAUCACGCAGUCGCUUUGAAUGACAUUAUCAAUUUCGAGAAAAUCAUUGAUUGCAAAGCAGUGGUGUAUUAUCAACAACCUUAUUCAAACAAUCUCCAAAUUUACCAGACACCCACACCUAGCGACGGUAGACGGGCGGUGUAUUUCUUUUUACACAAUCAGCAUUUUUACGGCAUUAAAAGCGUAAAGGGCUUCUUAGGCGUGGGGUACGUUUGCCCGAGCUGUUUCAAAGGGUACGAUUCGCCUCACUCUCAUCAAUGCGAAAAAUUUUGUAGCGUCUGUCAGACUAAUUGCAGAGAAGGUGAAAGCACACCGGCGAUACUAUGUGAGCGUUGUAAUUUCAGAUGUUUAAAUGACACCUGCUUUGAGCGCCACCGUACGCCUAGGGUCUGCCCAGUUAGGGGGGAGCUCGCUACCCCCUGUGACAAGUUCAGAAAAUGCAAAGCCUGCGGGCUCAGAUACUACCUCACUCCCGAGAACCCAAAACCGCACUCGUGUAAAGCGGAAAAAUUUAAUAUCUGCGACGCUAAACUCCACACGGCCGUGUCAGACAUAUCCACCCCACAUCUCUGCUAUCUAAAUCCACCCGAGAAGCCUAACAUAGGGGAACGGGCCGAAAGGGGUGAGGGGCGUAAAAAGGCCACCGAAUAUGUGUUUUUUGACUUUGAAACAUCUCAGAGGUCAGGUACCCAUAUCCCGGUGUACGUCUGCGCCAUCUCCGAUCAGAACGAGACAAUGACCGCCGAGGGGCCCAACUGCGCGCUACAGUUUCUCAGACAUUUCAGGGCGCCCUGUUAUAGAGGCGUCUGUUUCAUUAGUCACUACGGUAAGGCAUUCGAUAAUUACAUCAUACUGAACGCGAUGGUGAAGGAAGGCGUGGAACCGCGUGUGGUAUCGCAGGGGAAUAAAAUCAUUCUCAUCCUGGACAGCCUGUUUGAGCAGAGGUACAUCGACAGUCACUCCUUUCUAAGCAUGCCGUUGAGAAAAAUCCCCGAUGCGAUGGGAUGCUCGACUCAGAUGCGAAAAGGCUAUUUUCCGCAUCAUUUCACAGACGUGGAAAACUUUAGUUACGUGGGACCCUACCCCCCUCCCGAUCAAUUUGGGCCCGAUCAAAUGUCCACCAAAGAACGCGACAAGUUUUAUCAAUGGUACGACGCUGUAAAGCACCAGACCUUUAAUUUUCACAAAGAGAUGAUCGCUUACUGUAAGAACGAUGUGGAGAUUCUGAGAGAGGGCUGCUUGCGCUUCCUGCGGGAGUUUAAAACGCUCACGGGUUGCGAUCCCUUCUCCGCGGCCACCAUCGCUUCGGCCGCGUUGCUAGUUUACAGGACAAAUUUCCUGCCCAGAGAUACGAUCGCGAUCCCGGAUGUAUGGGAUUACAGGAGGCAAUACAAAAGUUAUUCGAGCGUGUCCAUCCAGUGGCUGGAAUUCAUCGGGCGCGCGCGCGGCAUCGAAAUUCGACACGCGCUGCGCGGGGGUGAAGUGAGUGUGGGGCGCUUUCACUUAGACGGAUACGCCGAGAUUGAGGGGGAGAAAUGGGCUUUCGAGUUUCUAGGCUGUCAGUUUCACGGCUGUCCUACCUGCAACAACGAACACGAUAUCUGCCCCCUGACCCGCGAGAGCUUCGGUGCCCUGUACGUUAAAACAAGGGAAAAACUCGAGUCGUUGCGCCAAGAGUUUAAUAUGAACGUGGAAUCCAUCUGGGAACACGAAUGGGCUCACGCUAAAACUCACGACCCACAGGUACAGCGUUUCCUGUCAGACUUUGAGCCCCCUGAGCCCCUAAGGCCGCGAGAAGCGCUGUUUGGGGGUCGGACGUCGGCCAUUCGCCUGCGUUACGACGUCACGGGGCAAGAGCGCGUCCGCUACGUGGAUUUCACGUCGCUGUACCCGUACACUCUGGCUAAAUGUGAAUUCCCCGUGGGGCACCCGGAAAUCAUUCAUUCGAAUUUUAAGCCUCUGAAUGAAUACUUUGGCCUGAUCAAAGCCACGGUCAACACCCCGCGCGAGCUGUUUUUCCCCGUCCUACCCAGCAGACUGCCAAAUGGGAAACUGGUGUUUACACUGUGCAGGACGUGCGCGAUCGAGAACAGACAGGAGGGGGCGUGCGGGCAUUCCGACGCAGAGCGGGCAUUGACAGGCGUGUGGGUAUCUGCGGAGCUCAAUCUGGCUUUAGACAGGGGGUACUCGCUCGUUAAAAUUUACGAAGUACUCCCAGUUCUGGCAGAAGGGGCCGGAAAGUGGAUAAAAGCAUUAGAGGAGGAAACUAUGGGUCGGCUCCUGGCGAUAGGGGACAUAAAGGUGGUUAUGGCUCGAGCUUUGGGGGUGGACGCAAUGGAGAGACUGCUGCGAAGCAGUGGCCUGGCAGCGGCGACAGGGACUCCUGUGAAUGAUGCAUGUCCCUUUGACGACUGCCACCAGGACUCAGUGCAGUUGCUGAAGGUCUUGGCGAAAGGGGGUCAUAAGGUGUCCAAGGCCAAGCUGCAGUACUGCCAAGUGCAGGUUACGUACUUGGGCCGUGAGAUCAGCCAUGGGAGGAAAGCUAUAGCAGCAGAACAGCUAAAGGGGAUCACUAAGGCUCCGAAACCCAUGACUGUGUCACAGAUGCUGACUUUUUUAGGGAUGACAGGAUUCAGCAUGGACUGGAUUGAGGACUACGCUGUGAAGAGCCAGCGGCACAACCGUGUUCCGCUCAAUUAG